AUGUCCAACGGUAGGGUUUAUGAUCCCAUACAUGAUGUGUUUCAGGUGCAGAGGCCACAGGAGUCGGUUCCUCCAGUUUUAUCUCAGUCGGGUGGGGGUUCUCCUGAACAGGUGCGGGUGGAGCGGGAGCGGGAGCAAGAUGAUGAGUCUACUCAAUCGGACGAGCUUCUGCAGCCUGUAGGGUAUCGUGGUAUUUCGUCGAAGCCUGUUCUCAGUACGCCUACAAAGAAGAAGGGCAAGGAGCCCAGUAGAUAUACGCGGCAUUUGAAGAAGCAUGACGGGGAGCAGUUUACUAGGAAAGACAUACAGUUUGCAUUUUUGUUUGAUUUGCUUUCUGAUAAGCGACAGAUUUUUAAGAAUACUUUUCAAGGGACAUUUUCUAUUUCUCCGACGGCGGUAGCGGGAGGAGGUGGUGGUGCUACGUCGUCAUCAUCGUCGUCAUCUUCGCCGUCAUCAUCUUCUGCAUCACCAUCGUCAUCGGCAUCUUCGCAGCAGCAGGAGCAGGAGCGGGCGGAGGAGGAUCGAAAGCAGCGCGGAGGUGUGGGAAAUACAGGGUUGUUAAAUGUGACUGAUGUCAACUAUAAUGCUCGCAGUUUUAUUGGCAAUGAAAAGUUGACUUUUUCGCAACUCUACGUGUUAACCAUUGCAUCAUCGAAAAAGUGUUCUAAGAUACUAAGGGAUAAGUUACUCUUUGACCAUCAAGUUGCGUUUUCUACCUGUGUUCUGUCGUUACUUGUAAACUUUGGAAGGCUUAACACGACGGUAAAUUUUUUCCCUGAAAUGACUUCACAAUUGCGGACGUUCCAUUCAAUUCCAUGUUUACAGCACCAAACAAGGGAUCCGAAAUCUCUUCAGGAUACUCCACGUAUCAAGUCAAUUUUAAAGACCAUUCCAACCGGCCAGGAACCGUUGAAAUUAUCUUUGUGGUAUUCGUCUUCGGAACGGCAAUUCCAGGUGAAUCUCGUGAAUUUAUUAUUUACAAUUUGUGAUAAUCCGCAGAUUGUCAAUGAACGGCUGGUGUUUCCAUAUGUGGCAGCAGACACAACUUUAUUUGAAAUCUUUGAUUCUCCUAAAUUCCUGCCAACAGAUAGGGCGGCGUUCUUUUUAUGGUUGGCGUAUAUACAUUUGGAAACAAGGUUAACAUCUACGGAGAUCAAGCAGUCUCUAAGGAUGUUUGGGGUUGAUGAAAAGUUUCCUAUGAGAAUAGCCACAGAGGAGUAUGAUAAAGAUACCGAACCGGAGCUUAUAUUCGGAGAGCACCAGAACCAGCGGCGGCUAAGGUUUCUGAAGAAACAUCCCAGAAAAGCAGUUGCGGAGGGUCAGUCCCAGCAGCCCCAAGCUAAUUCGCAACAGCAAGAUCCACAACAGCAUAUGAAGGGUGAUAGGGAUAAUAAAUAUGGGGAUAUUGAAGAGGACGGUGUGCCGCUGACUGCUUCAGCUCAUGAGGAAAUAGAAGCUGAUUCAGAUAUGACUACAAAGGCCAACGCUAAAGCUUCCACCAAGGGUACCAAGAUGAGGCCUAGAACCAGGGUAAAAGUUAUUCAUCAAGAGGCGCAGCAGGAUGCAUCCAGCGGUUCUCAUAGCGAACCAGUACAUCACGAGCAAACACAGGAGGAGGAUCCCAAUACUUGGGCACAAGAAGUUGACGAGAUGAUUGAGAUUGAAUCAAAGUUUAAUGUGACUCCGAAUUUGACACAUUUAGAGGCCCAGGCUCUACUUUUGAAAGCCCAAGAAAUCGCUAGGAAAAAACGACAGGAGCUUGGUUUGAUGAAGGCGUUUGACGAGUACGAAGAUGUCACACUAGCUACCGUUAUUGGUGUGCGUGGUAAGAAAAGAAAGAAGUUCAAUGACGGUGUGUUAGGAUAUGAAACAGAUUAUAUGAACUAUAUGAACACCGCGAAAAAAUUGUUCUUAAAGAAACUAGACGAGCCACUGCUCAAAGAAAAUUUCUGUUUGUAG